UUCACCCUAAUUCUCCUCUGCCUUAUGUUUGCAACCACCGUUGUCAUAUUCAUCGUGAUUGUCCAGAAACAACGACAAAUUCUUGCACAAACCGCUUUUUUCAAGCCAUAA